GCCGCUGAAACAAGGCUGCGGAAGUUUCCGGGCACCCUGUUGGCGCUUCACUUUAGUAUCUGGAGAGAGGAAUCUCCUUCCAGGUUGCCCCGUCACCCACUAGGUGAAGUCGCUGCGCUGUGGCCGAGUCAGGAAAAGAGCCUAGCCUGCCUGUGCUACUAGAUGAAUGGAAAACUCUGAUUUAAACAAAGUCCCAACAAGGGAUUGCUCUUGAUUUUUGUACUUUGUAGCUUUCCUCAAAUUUUUUUCACGUCUUCUCUUACUGUAAAAACUGCAUUUAAGUUAGAAAAAUGAAGCAGUUGAAAAGGAAAAGGAAAAGCAAUUUCAGUGUUCAAGAAACUCAGACCCUUUUGAAAGAAAUUACAAAAAGGAAAGAAGUCAUUUUUUCCAAGCAGCUCAAUACAACAAUUAACGUGAUGAAGCGAAUGGCCUGGGAGGAGAUUGCACAGUGUGUGAAUGCUGUAGGAGAAGGAGAGCAGAGGACGGGGACGGAAGUGAAACGAAGGUACCUUGACUGGCGAGCACUUAUGAAGAGAAAGAGGAUGAAGGCGAACAUCAAGCUGGUUGGUUCAGGGUUUCCCCUUCCCACGUCCGAUUUAGAUGACUCUCUCACUGAAGAGAUAGACGAAAAGAUUGGAUUCCGAAAUGAUGCAAAUUUUGAUUGGCAAAAUGUGGCAGAUUUCAGGGAUGCAGGUGGAUCCUUAACUGAGGUCAAAGUGGAAGAGGAAGAAAGAGAUCCCCAGAGUCCUGAAUUUGAGAUUGAGGAGGAAGAAGAAAUGCUGUCAUCAGUCAUACCAGAUUCCAGGAGGGAAAAUGAGCUUCCUGAUUUCCCCCAUAUUGAUGAGUUUUUUACUCUGAACUCAACACCCUCUAGGUCUGCAUAUGAUGAACCCCAUUUGCUUGUAAACAUAGAGAAGCAGAAGCUCGAGUUGGAAAAACGGCGACUGGAUAUCGAGGCCGAAAGACUGCAGGUAGAAAAGGAACGCUUGCAGAUCGAGAAGGAGAGGCUGCGGCAUUUAGACCUGGAGCACGAGCGGCUUCAGCUGGAGAAGGAGCGGCUGCAGAUUGAGAGAGAGAGGUUGAGGUUACAGAUGGUGAAUGCAGAGAAACCGUCAGUGGAGAAUGAACUCGGUCAAGGAGAAAAGUCCACGCUUCAGCCACAGGACAUAGAAACGGAGAAGUUAAAACUUGAGAGAGAACGCUUGCAACUGGAAAAAGACAGGCUGCAGUUUUUGAAAUUUGAAUCGGAGAAGCUGCAGAUUGAAAAGGAACGCUUACAAGUAGAGAAGGAGAGACUUCGCAUUCAGAAGGAAGGACACUUGCAGUGAUUGAUCUAGGUCUCCAUUUAGCAAAUGUUGGUAAACCAUAGGUUUUUCUCUAUAUCAGGUAAUAUAAAAAUGGUUGCAGGAUUAGCUGUGUUUUUUUUUUUCCUGUUUAAUGUCAGUGUUUUCAAUAGGAAAAAGAUAGUUCUAUGUGGGUAACUGUAUGCUUAAGUAGUAUAUUAUAUAAAAACAAUAUGCCCUAACAUACCAGUAUAGCAGAAACUAUUGUACUGUACUCUUUAAAUUUGUAAAAUUACAGAGUCUUGUAUAAUCUGUGCACUCAGAGUUUACAAUUAUGUCUAUGUAAAAUUCUAGCUCAGUGGUUCUCAACUGGUGGGUGAUUUGGGGCCUCAGAAAACAUUUGGCAAUGUCUGGAGACAUUUUUGGUUGUCAAAACUGGGAAGUGGGGUGGGUUGCUACUGACAUGUAGUAGGUAGAGGCCAGGGAUGUCUACAUCCUACAGUGCACAGGACAGCCUCCCACAAAAAAGAGUUAACCAACCCAAAAUGUCAAUAUUGCUGAGGUUGAGAAACCCUAUCCUAGCCUGACUGUGCACUCUAUAGCUUUGUUUUAUAGUUUCAGAGUAUUAAAACCUCAGAUAUUUAUGUGAGUAGUUACUUAAAUGACCAAAAACUUUAACUAUGAAACAUUACUGUGUAGUGUAUUGAAUAUAGGAAGUGAUGAAGAUUAUAGAUAUUUUAUUCCCAUGUUUCCAUCUAUAAAUAACCUGAGAUUCAGAAAACAAUACAGGGAAUGUCCGAGAUUGUCUAAAGUAGGUCACUUUGAAAAGCAGUUCAUUCAUCUAGCUAUUGAUGCUUUAGAAGCAGCGCACACUUUUUAAGCUUUAGUUCCCUUUCUUCUUUGAAUUCUUUGUUUUAGUUUAGAUACAAAAAUUUUCAUUUCAACCAUGUACUGAAAUCUUAAUGUAAGUGAUUGGUUGAAGCUAGUAAAAAUGGUACCAAUGUAAAAAUGGUACCAGUAGUCCAUGACCUUGAACUCAAAUGAGUUCUUAUUUAAUUUUUUAAAUAAAAUAAUAGCAGCUAUUUGGGAGUGGGAGUGGGGGCAGGGGUGGGGGAAAUGAUGGUAGCUGUGUGUUAUGAAUUAGAGAAGCACUUAUUGCACACUAUCUGACCUAAUCUGUAGAACAAUUCUUGAGAGUAGAUGUAUUAUUAUUCCUGAAUCCGAGGCUCAGAGAAGUCACACAGUGAGUAAAUGUCUGAUCUCAUCUGUCAUGGUGUAUUUUGUCUUUGUCCCUCCCUGAGGAACAAAGUUUGUAUCUUCAGUCCCUUCGGUAUUUAUUCUGACACCAAGGGCUUGCUUAACCUGGUGAUUUGCCUUCAGUCCCCUGAAGGUGCUUUUUCCACAAUCCAGGUGAUUCUAAUGCACGCUAAAGUUGAGAAUCACUGCACGAGAUCACUUUGUAUUUUCUGAUUUCCAGGGCUGACACGUAGCUUUAAUACAUCUCUUCUAUUGACAGAUACUACCUUGAUUCUGCAUUUGUUCCUUGUUAAUUUAAGAAUAUCUUGAAACCAUAUGUGUUAUUUGAGAAUGGGUAUACAAGGAAAAAGUAUACUUCUGCUUAGUUACCUUGACUUUGAAAUAGUGUUAUUUUUCUAUAACUGAAAUAAAUGCUUCUACUGUAGAAAUAAAAUUUGCCUAUACUAACUA